AUGGUUCAAGAAAUUCUCAAGGUUUCUCCAGUUGUUGUCAUACCCAAUGAACAUUCACAUAAAAUACAACGAAAUAAUUUUAUUCUUAAUGGAAAACCUAAAUUUGCAUUUGAUUCAAUAGAAAAUGCUCUCAAAGACUUUGCGGAAGGAGAGUUCGUAAUAGUCGUAGACAAUGAAGAUCGAGAAAAUGAGGGUGAUUUGAUUAUUGCUGCCGAAAAAAUGACCACAGAAAAAAUGGCAUUCAUGGUACGAUACACGAGUGGGUUAAUAUGUGUACCUACAGUGCCAGCUCGUCUAGAUCAACUGAAACUUCCGUUAAUGGUUCCAAAUAGUACCGAUAGAUUUAAAACCGCAUACACCAUUUCUGUAGAUUAUAAACAUAACAUCACGACAGGUAUUUCGGCACAUGAUCGUGCUUUAACGGCGAGAUCUUUAGCUAAUUUUGCCAUUACAAAUCCGGAGGAGUUCAUCCGACCAGGUCAUAUGUUUCCUUUGAGAUAUACAGAGGGUGGGGUUCUAAAGCGGAUCGGUCAUACUGAGGCUUCUGUGGAUUUAUGCAAAUUGUCAGGAUUAAAGCCUGUUGGCGUAAUAAGCGAAUUAGUAAAGGAUGAUGGGUUAAUGGCGCGUCGUGAUGACUGUCGUGCUUUCGCUGACGAACAUGGCUUGAAGCUGAUUACAGAUGAAGAAACACUUAAUCGUACUUGGAAUUUGGUCGCGGAAUUAUGUACACAAUUGGCUAGUAACCGCGAGCAAAUUCAGUCCCUGGAGCAACAGGUCAUUGAGCUUCAGAAUAGGGCAGAUGAAUUUACCGGGCCAUUGAUACGCGCCAGCAUUCGAGCCCCGCCAUUUGAAUCCGGCACGUCAGAAAUAGAACGCCAGAACGUACGCCUGAUCUACGAGAAUCAACAAUUGAAUGAAGAGAAUGCUUCCCUGUCUUCUCUAGUUAAAGAAUACGAGACCACGUUGCAGGUCAUGAUGAGUAAAUUUCGAUUACAAGCGCACGAGAUACAACAAUCCAAAUUACAAAUGCAACGCGAAUAUGAAUCAUUAUUAGAAAAGGAACGGAGGAAAAAUGCUCAAAUUUCUCUUGAAAACGUGCAACUCCAUUUGCAUCUCACUGCCGUUGGCAAUUUAGUCAGACAAGCAUACGACGUACAAACAGAUCUCGACACGGAAAUUCUGUUGGAAAGUCUGUGUAUUGAGAAUUUAGGAUUACGCGAAAUGCUUGGAAUCGAUCCCAAUAAUACGCAUUUUCAAGAUGAGAAAGUGACAACUUCAAUAUCAUCAACUCCUACCACUAGUAAUGGUUGUAGUAAUCCAGCAACAUCUACAAAAUUAUCAUCGAUAGAUGGUAUUAUCAGAUCUUCUUCAGCAUCCAAUAAGAACACCAUUAGUAAUAGAGAUCACUAUUAA